AGCUGUCUUUUUGAACAGCUGUAUUCCAUCUAGUGUAGACACUCCCAUAUGUCAUGUGUGAGGGGGUUUCAGAAUUUUGAUCCAGCGACACUGAAGGAUUGGCGAUGUAUUUCCGCACCAGGAUGGUGUGUGCCUCAGAGAGGAACUUGCAGGUGGUGGUGUUCCCAUAUAUCUGUUACCCUUGUCUUUACCGGCAGUAAAGGCCUCAAGAUUGGAAAGUGCUAUCAAAGGAGCUUUGCGGAGGGCAUUUGCUUUGACAGACUUGGCUGCUUCCCAAGUGGAUACCCAUGGACAGAGACAAAGGAGAGGCCUGCUACCAAACUCCCCUGGAGUCCAGAAAAAAUCAAUACACGUUUCCUGCUGUAUACCAGGCAGAACCCAGACAAUUACCAGGAAAUUAGUGGAACCACUCCUGAGACAAUAGUUGUUUCAAACUUUAACCUUGAUCAGAAAUCAGUGUUCAUCACUCAUGGAUACCUGGAAAAUGGAGAUGUCAGCUGGGCUGUAGAUCUAUGCAAGAUGAUUCUGCAUGUGGACGAUGUAAACUGUAUCUGCGUUGAUUGGAGAGGGGGUUCACAAUGUUCUUACAGCCAGGCUGCUCAAAACAUUCGGGUUGUGGGAGCAGAAACUGCAUACUUUCUGGAUGCUCUGAAGAACCACUAUAAUUACACUGAGUCUGAUGUGUACCUGGUUGGACACAGUCUAGGGGCACACGCAGCUGGGGAAGCAGGCAAGCGUUCUCCAGGGAUUUCUCGGAUUACUGGCCUUGAUCCAGUUGAGCCAUAUUUCCAGAACACUCCACCUGAAGUCCGACUGGAUCCCACUGAUGCAUUGCUUGUUGAUGUGAUUCACACGGAUGGUUCAUCCCAAUUUCCCAGAAUUGGAUUUGGGAUGUUUCAAGCUUGUGGGCACAUGGACUUCUACCCAAAUGGUGGUGAGAACAUGCCAGGCUGCAGCAAGAACAUCCUUUCAACCAUCCUGGACAUUGAUGGGAUCUGGCAAGGUACAAAGAACUUCAUUUCUUGCAACCACUUCCGCGCAGUUCGAUAUUUUUCAGAGAGUGUUUUGUCGCCUGAUGGUUUUUUGGCAUUUCCCUGUGGCAGUGAGAAAGAGUUUCAGGCAGAGAAGUGCUUUGCGUGUCCAGCUGGCGGCUGUCCAACAAUGGGAUACAAGAUUGGGCCAUAUCGCCCAGCACCUGGCCUACUACAUCAGACCUUCUACCUUCAAACAGGAGACUCCAGCCCCUAUGGAGUUUGGCGUUACAAUGUGUCUGUGACACUUUCAGGCUCUCGCUCUGUUUCUGGGAUUUUGUAUGUUGCUUUGUAUGGAUCCAAAGGGAACACUCGACAGCAUCAAAUCACAAAAACGAAACUUCAUCCAGGUGAAACAUACUGGGCGCUCAUUGAUGCAGAACUGAAUGUGGGUGAUGUUACCAAAGUGAAGUUUCUGUGGAGCAACAAUGUGAUCAACAUAUUCCAGCCCAAGCUUGGGGCUGAGAGCAUCACCAUGGUGCGAGCGAAGGACCACGCCAGUUUCCGUUUUUGUGGGAAUGAGGUGGUUAAAGAGGAGACUUUGCAAACUCUCACCCCCUGCACCUCGUAGAAAAAUCGAACUGUGCUGAUUGGACUACACAUCAAAUCUGUCUGUCAGAGAAAUAGAGUCCACACUCCUUCUGGAAAAUUUUAACUAGAAGACAACGGGGAAUAACAUGCAUCAAGGUCACAGAGAAUUGAUUGGUAAAGGAAUAUUUCAAAAUCUUCAACAAACUACAUUAAAGAAAAUCCAGAUAAAUCCUGUCAAGGCACGGUUGAUUCGAUAUGCCUGCACAUAGAGCUGGAGUGGAUUCCUCUAACAGAA